AUGGUCCUUCGCAUUCGUCUCGCCCGCUUCGGCAACAAGCACCAGCCGUUCUACAAUAUCGUCGUUGCGCAGGCUCGAUCCGCCCGCGGCAACAAACCCCUCGAAGUCAUCGGCACGUACGACCCCGUCCCCAAGACGAACAACAAUGUCCACGACGAGAGCGCCUCGGCUCGCCCGGUCAAAGACGUGACGCUCGAUCAGUCGCGGACGAAAUACUGGCUUGGUGUGGGGGCACAGCCCAGCGACAGUGUGUGGAAGUUAUUGAGUCUGGGCGGGUUGAUGAAACCCAAGCAGAAGAACUGA